AUGGAUGAAACAUACGUCCAUUCAUCUCAUACCUACCAAAAGAGCUGGUCUGAUAGUUCAAACAAGGGCAUACAAAAACCAGUAUCUAAAGGACAGAUGCUUGUGAUAGUGCAUGCUGGAGGUGAAAGUGGUUUUAUUAAAAACUCUUAUCUGCGCUAUAAAGCUACUAGAAAAACAGGAGAUUAUCAUGAUGCAAUGAACUACGACAAUUACAAAAAGUGGCUUCAGGAUAAACUGAUACCAAAUUUGCCCCCUAACAGCGUUUUAGUGAUUGAUAAUGCACCGUAUCACAACGUACAAACUGAGAAAUGUCCAACUAUAUCUUCCAGGAAAGCAGAAAUGCAGCAGUGGCUGACAACGCGAAAUAUUUCCUUUACAGAUGACAUGUUGAAAUUUGAAUUAUACGACAUUAUAAAAUUACACAAACCUCUGUUUAAAACCUAUGAAAUUGACAAAAUACUCGAGGAUAAAGGACAUUCAGUUUUACGGUUACCCAAGAUAUUAUCCGGAUUUGAAUCCUAUAGAGUUAGUAUGGGCUUCUAUGAAGCAAUAUGUCGCUGA